AAGCUCCGCGAAGACGCCUUCCUAAUUUUCCUGAAGCGUCUCAGUAUCAAAGUUUAUUAGUCGGGAGCUUCUAUCCAUUGGCACUCUUCAAUCUCCAAUUUUCACUCGCUCUUUGACACUCGUCUGGUUAAUUAAAUAUUUUAGAAAAUUUUUAUUUAAAUAAUGGCGGAUAAGGAAAAGAAGAAGAAGACGAAAAAGAAGGAAGACGCAUCGCCGACCCCAGCACCAGCUGCAGCAGCUUCACCGACGCCUCCUCCAGAGUCACCCAAGGAAGCUCCCAAGCCAAAGAGUCCUUCAGGAACACCCAGCGGGUCCCAAAGAGCCAGCAGCCGUGGCUCCAAACGUGCUAAGCGCGCUGGAUCCAGUGUCUUCUCUCUGUUCACACAGAAGCAAGUCGCUGAGUUCAAAGAAGCCUUCCAGAUGAUGGACCACGACAAAGACGGCAUCAUCGGCAAGGAAGACCUGCGUCAGACCUUUGACUCAGUAGGUCGUCUGGCCACUGACAAGGAGUUGGACGCGAUGCUGGAAGAGGUAGAGGGACCCAUCAACUUCACUCAACUUCUCACUCUGUUUGCCAACCGUAUGUCGGGAGCAGGAUCGGAUGAGGACUCAGUUAUUAUCGAGGCCUUCAGCACCUUUGACACCAAUGGAAAGAUCAAUGGAGACAGGUUGAGGCACGCUCUGGUGACCUUUGGCGACAAAUUCACAGCCAAGGAAGUAAACGAUGCCUUUGACAACAUGUACAUUGAUGAGAAAGGAAUGAUUGACACCCAGAGUCUUAUUGCCAUGCUGACCGGUACCGGCGAAGAAGAUGAUGAAUAAACCCAUCAAUAAAUAAAUAAACAAAUAAAUUAAUUAAUUAUGAUGAUAAUAAUAAUAAUAACAAGCUGGUCCAUCUCAUCGUUUUACUCAAAAAAUUUAAUUUUAAAUAUUUAUUUAAUUACAAAGUCUUUUAAUGGCUGGCAAAGUUGCACCUUGGACUUGAACGCGCGAUUAGCUGAGCCCUGGUUAAUUUUAUUUAUUUAAACAAAGAAUAUAAAUAUUAAUACCUAAAUUUCAAUAAAACUCGGGGACAUCUGUUCGUGUAUAUAAUAAUAAUAAUAAUAAUAAUAAUAAUAAUAAUAAUAAUAAUAAUAAUUAUAAUAAUAAUAAUAAUGAUAAUAAUAAUAAUUUAUGUAUACGUGUGCUGUACUUAUUGAGAUUGUAGUAUAUGUACAACGUCAGAGAUAUAAUUCCCUUGCAUCCUUCACUAUUCAUUUUCAUAAUAAAUAAUUUAAAGUAAUAGUAAUAAUAAUAAAAUUAUAAUAAGAAUAAUAAUAAUAAUGAUAUAUAUAAAUAAAAAAUAAAGAGACGGGCUAUCGUCAAAGGAGGUUUUAAAA